AUGCAUGCUCCAAGUAGAUUGACAAUAGUGCAAAAACAACAUGUCUUCAGAAACUCUCCUCCUUCCCCAAUGGUGAUUUGCACGCCCUAUUACAACCGACAGACCAUCAAGGUGGGCCUUCGGGCGGUCCAACUCACCCUCAUCAUGACCGUGGUCAUCACCACUGGAGUGCUGACCAUGUACUCGGACCUUCCACGUGAUUGGGUCUUGGACAACUACAUUGACCCCUAUACCUCGGAGUUCCAACUGGAAUGGCCCAACGAUUACCACAACGCCGAAAUCUGGGACCAGACGCUGGAGUUUGACACCCCCAUCUAUUUGGAGACCCAUUCGCAUACCAACCAUAGUGACGGCAGCCUGACUCCUAGCCAGCUGGUGGACUGGGCCCAGGCGUACGGCCUGACUGCCAUCUGUGUCACUGACCACAACAACAUUGAGGGAGGAUGGGCAGCUCGAAACUACUCUGAGACUUUGCGAAGUGAAGGCAAGCCUGCUCCUCUGGUUAUUCCCGGCGUGGAGUUCACCUGCUGUCGAAUCCACAUGAACUUCCUCGGUAUCGAAGAGACCAUCAAGCCUACUGAGAACUGGCCUUCGGACGACGAGCUCAAGUCCGUCAUCAAAAAAGUGCAUGCUCUGGGAGGGGUUGUUAUUGUGAACCAUCUUCCCUGGUCGGAGAGUACCGAAUGGGGCCGAAAAGUGCCUACUCUGAUGCACCAUCCCACUCCCGACCAGCUUCUGAACUGGGGAGUCGAUUCCUUUGAGUGUGUAUCUGAUGGAGUCAUAGAUCUCCAGGCUAUUCGAUACGCUGACAGAAACAAUCUCAUGUGUGUGACUGCCACCGACAUUCACAAUCCCUCAGACACCGUGAGAGCCGUGACUGUCCUCGAUGGACCUCUCACUCAGAAGAACAUCAUCGACAAGAUCAGACGAAAGUCAGUGCGAUCCAAGUCCACCUUCUACUAUGAUCCUAUCGGCCCUACCGGUGCUCAGAUUGUUCCUCCCCACAACAAUAAGCGCAACAAAUGGGCUCCUCUGGCCAUGCUCAACUUUGGAUACAUGUGGGACGAGUCCAAGGGUAUGUACUCGUUUGUUGAUGGCUUCUGCCAUGAGCGAAAGUUCACCUUCAGGUACGGAGCGGCCUUCUGGACUCUGUUUUGGAUUGUUCUUGGCUGGGUGAUUUAUGAACUCAUUCGAGCUAUUGUGGUCGGCAUUGCUGGCAGCAACAGUUGCAGACGACGACGACCUCUUCAGUUGGAAUAG